AUGACUCCGGAAUACGAAGCUCUCUAUGCACAAGGAUGGCUCCGAUGGAAUUCAGAUUUUCGAGGCCCCGAAAGACAUCUGUUCCCUCGAAGCAGAUACUCGGCUAUCUUGAGGAGCGACUGGCAUGAUGAAGCUCUCCACUAUGCUGUCCUCUCAGUAAUAGCCACACAACUCUCUAAGAUACGUACGGGCACACUUGACCAAUUGGCUCUCGACUUACAGCUGAAGGUCGUGUCGGCUCAACGCAAAGCAUUGGCGCAUGGCCAGUCCUCAGACGCGAGGAUUGUGACAGCAUUAGCAAUAGUUUCCAACUCAUUUGCGUCAACAGAGAACGGGCAAGAGGAUCUCUCGGCACCUUUGCAGCUGAUUGCAGCAGGGGUAGAGAAACGAGGUGGGCUUCAGUACCUAGGCAUGGAGGGCAUUGUUGCGGACAACUUGAUGUUGGGAGAUCAUACUCGAGCCAUCAUGUACAACAUCAUGCCGCAGUACAAGAUGCACUUACCACCUGUCACGUCUACCACGGCUCCAAAACCCGGUGGUGCUUAUAGCCAGCUCCUAGCAUGUGGACUGAUCUCGGCUGAAGUUGAGGAGGUUGCCAACAGCUAUUGGGUUCUGCUCAAGAUAUACGACCGAGCAGCGAAAGGCAAAGGUACAAGCUCGGAAGCGACAUAUUUCGCCUAUCUCGCAAGCGUCGUUGAAUAUCGACUGGCGUGCUUGAACGCAAAAAUGAGCGAGUCCAACACGCUCGACGAGUGCAUUAUAUUAGCAUGCCUUCUUAGUAACCACAUUCUACUACGAAACUAUGGACAAAUGUCGCCGAGUGUGCGGUCGUUAGAGGCGAGAUUCUGGCAGCGCUUUGAGAAUCUGAGAAGCGAAGGAUUCUUCCGGAAUUAUAAUCUACACGAGCUGGAGAUAUUUUUUGCUUGUAAAGCUGAGUUCGGUGGAGGACAAGGCAGUCGGAGUACUGGUUCAGCUCAGAAGGCAAGUUUCUCCGCCGGUGCAAGAGUUUGA